AUGGAUCUUUCUGGAUGUGGAAGUUUGGUUGAAAUUCCUCAGCAUUUUAAAAAUCUUGACAAACUUACUCAUCUUAAUCUUUCAUCGUGCAAGCGUCUCAAGUAUCUUCCAGAGAUGCCAGACAGUAUUGAGCAUAUGGAUCUUUAUGGAUGUGAAAGUUUGGUUGAAAUUCCUCAGCAUUUUAAAAAUCUUGACAAACUUACUCAUCUUAAUCUUUCACUGUGCAAGAGUCUCGAGUACCUUCCAGAGAUGCCAGACAAUAUUGAAUUCUUAGAUUUAAGCUCCACUGGCAUAAAGGAGUUGCCGUCAUCAGUUUGGUCUCAUGAAAGAAUUUCUUCCUUGUAUAUUUCCCAUUGUGAAAAACUCAAGGAACUUCCAAGCAACACUUGCAAGCUGAAAGUCUCUGGUGCUUUUAGUCUAAAUGGCUGCACCUCUCUUGAAAAGUUUUGGGAGCUUCCCGGGGGUAUUGGUAAAUUAGAUUUGUCUCACACAAGAAUACAAGUAUUGCCCACAUCAUCACUGAGGUGUCUCCUUUGUCUCACCAAACUUAAACUGAGGAAUUCCAUGAAUAUUGCGAGUCUCCUACCGAGAAUUUGUGAGUUGAAAUCUCUUGAGGAACUUGAUCUCUCUCAUUGCUCUGAACUUGAAGUUGUCCCAAGUAGCAUCUACGAAUUAACAAAUAUAAAAACGCUCAGCUUUAGUUACUGUCGGAAACUUCAAAAGUUUUGUCAGCCGACUGGCUCAGUUGGUUUUCUCUCACUUGAAGUACUAAACCUCCAUGGCAGCGGUAUAUUAGAAAUCCCUGAGUGUGUCAUUUGCUCAACCUCAUUACGGGUUCUUUAUCUGGGAGAAACCAAAAUUCGGAGCAUACCCUCAAGCAUUAAACAAGUUUCUCAGCUGUCUAGGCUGUGCUUAUUCAACUGCAAGAGCCUUCGAUCUUUACCAGAGCUCCCAAUGGUACGUCGUCUUCAUGCAGAUGAUUGCAAGUCACUGAAGACAGUAUUGAGUUCAAGGACUGCAAUUACACGAUGUUGGAAUAGAUAUGAAUUGCUACAAGAGAAACAUACUUUUUAUGAUUGCAGAAGGUUGGGUGGUUAUGAUGCAAGGAGCAGCAUAAUGGUUGAUUCACAGCUUAGAAUCAUGCGAGCGGCAACUGCGUCUUCAAAGUUAAAAGAAGAGAAAGAAGAUUUCGUAUGUUUCUCAACUGCAUCUUCAAAUUUAAAAGAAGAAGAGGAAGAAGGGAAAUUAAAGGCAGAUUGCUUAUGUUUGUUAGAGGAAGGUCGGGAAAAGUACUCUGGGCCCUCAGUUUCCAUUGUAUGUUCGGGAGAUAAAAUUCCAAAUUGGUUCCUACAUCAAAAUGAGGGGGCUUCAAUAAAUGUCAGGCUUCCUGCAAAUUGGUUUCGUGAAGGUUUCUUGGGAUUCGCUCUCUCUUUUGUUACAUCCGGAUGCUUUUAUCCAUAUGUGUGUGAAUGGAAGUACAAUUUCAAAACUGGAGAGGGGGAAAGUCAUGAAAUCAAUUGUUCUUACACUAUAGGAUUUGAUGAUGGCUCUACUGAUUACAUAAAUACACAGCAUGUGUUCGUAUUGUAUAAAGACCUUGAAUAUGAAGAGAGAACAAAAUGGUCCUCUGCUUUUUACGACCGCGUCACUGAGGUCUCUGUUCACUUGUAUGCCGUGGAAAACGAUCUGGUGGUGGAAAAGUGUGGGAUGUGCCUAUUGUAUGCCGAAGAUGCUGAGAAAUUAAAAUGUGAUGUCAUGUCGCAACAAGAACAAGAUGAGCAUGCAGCAAGUGGGAGUGGUGAUCCUGAAGCCAGUGGAAGCAAUGAAUCUGAGGAAGCAAGUGGAAGCGAUGACUCUGAGGAAGAAAGUGAGGGUGGUGAUCCUGAAGCCAGUGGAAGCGAUGAAUCUGAGGAAGCAAGUGGAAGCGAUGACUGA